UCGUCUCGAGCCCUCUCGAUGGAACCCCCACUCGAAUGGACGGCUCUGAUCUUCCCGCCGCCUCCUGCCCCACGGCCACCACCGGCGUCGCCGGCGACGGACCUCCGGAGACCGCCGGCGAGGACCCUGCCACGGCGACCCAUCCGGAGCGGUGCGAGGCGCUGGCCGCCGCCAUCGCGGGGGUGCUAGGCGGCGCGCUCGAGGAGCACGAGGCCCGCGCCGCGGCCACCGCCCGGAGCCAGGGCGAGCUCGCCGCCGCCAUCGACCGCCUCAACGGAGAACUAGACAAGCUAUUGGAGAAUGCACCCUCCCCGGUAAUAGCGCAACAUGCAGCAAGGAUUUCCUCUAUCCGCAAGAGAGUUUUAGCACUGAACAUGCUACUGAGAGCCAUACAAAGACGUAUAGAUAACAUUGAUAGAAUGGUUUCUACUGGUGUUACGAGUGAUCAUCCAUCUCGUGCACAGUUGCAGAACCAUAAUUAAACUUGGAUUUAGGACCAAGAAGGAAUUCCGCUGUUGUCUCUCUAGUGUACACCAUUUCUGUCCUCGGAGUUGUCAUUCAAUUGCAGAUUCAGGCGACAUUUCACAAGAGGCUGCAUGGAUGAAGAGUGAUUAUCGCAACAUGCCCUCCAAAUACGCUCACAAUCGCUCCAUUUAUUUUUUGUCGUUAAGUGGAACAGUUGUCUUUUUGUUGGAUCAAUCUCUUCUCCUUGGUGUCGCAGACAGUGAAAUGCGCUUCAGAUGUACCAUUUGCACUUUUGUACCAUUUUCUUCUGAAGAAUUUGUCUUAACAUGUACAAUGAACAAUAGAUUACAAUCAGUAAAUAAUAAUUUAGCUCAGACCGUGUUGAAAUU